GAUACUAUUUCUGUAUUACAGCGUCAUAUUUUAUAUACCUGUGUAGUGUUGUAUAUAAGUAUAUUUUGAUGAAUAAAGAAGAUAUGCUUGUUGUCCUCUUGUGUACGACGUUACUGACGAUGGCACUGACUGCUGUUGCCAUGCCCGUAGCGUACGCAAUCGAUAGAUUUCCGUCGAUCGCUGGUCCAAUCUUUCGGACUCAACCGGCGCCUAACCCUGCGCCCAGUCCCUCUGAAGUUUAUAUCGCGGUYACAGAAACUGAAUUGAUACCGCAGCCUACUCUCUGUCACUCUAACGACCAGACCUCUGUCGACGAGAUUGAUGAAARCAUUCUGUUGUGUAAUCCAACGAGCUCACCGCAGCAGCAGCUACAUAGUACGUUGUCAAUAAAUGGCGAGAGCCUUCCGCAGAAGAUACAGCCGGAAGAUUCGAACGAGACUUCAGAAAGCACCGACACGUACGCUCAGUAUUGUGACCAAGAUGGUGAAGAUGUUGAAGAUGACUACAUUCCGUUUUUCUGUUGUAUACCGAUAAUCUUGUUAAUAAUGUUAAUAUUGUUGGGAACUUUGAAUCUUCAAUAUUGUUGUCCAAUAAUGAAAAAAAACUCCAUGCAUUCAAUAUGUUCGCAGACGAGCAACUUCCAACAAGACUGAAAAAUAAAUAAGAGUAAACUGAAAUACACGAAAAUUUAGAUGUGAUCUCCAUCCCUUUGGGUAUGCAAUUUUCGUAUACUUUAGUGUACCCCUAUUUAUUUUUUAGUCUUGUCAACCUAUCAAUCUUGAUAAUUUUGUUAAUAAUGAUAUUAAUAUUAGUGGGGCAUUUGAUUCUUCAAUAAUUUUGUUCAUUGAGAAUGAAAAAGACUUUCUGGAUACAAAAUGUUUACAAAUGAGUAACUCUGAAUAUAAUACAAGACUGAAAAAAGUUUCCGCGGAAACAGUGGCACAGUGCAUGUGUUCAAUGUUUUCUGUUCACAAACGAGCAACUUCCCCAAUGUAAUGGGAAAUAUUAUACUCUCCAUGAAAAAAUAAUCA